GGUUGCGACGAUAAGAUGUAAGGGAAAAUGACAGUCUUGACAGACAAAAUAGGAUAUUACAGUUGAGACGGCACGUUGUAGGUCUCAAGAUAUUUGAAAUAUGUGUGGAGUGUAAUGGAUGACAUCUGAAGACAAUGGGAAAGAUCAGCAAGAUCUUGGUGUGUGGUCAUUCUGGUGUUGGAAAGACAGCUGCUAUAGAACAGCUGAUCUAUGGCAAUCAUGUGGCCGGUAUGCCAAUGCAUUCCACCAUUGAAGACAUCUACACAGCAAUGAUAGAAACUGACAGAGGCCUGAAGGAGAAAGUGAGGAUCUUUGACACUGGCGGACUGGAUGGAGCUAAAACUGAUUUACCACGACAUUACCUGACAUUUCCUGAUGGCUUUGUUCUGGUGUAUGAUGUGACAAACUGGGAUUCGUUUCAAAAGCUUGAGAAACUUAAAAAGGACAUUGAUAAAAACAGAGAGAAGAGAGAGAUUCAUAUUAUUGCCAUAGGCAACAAAAGUGAGGAACAAGAAAGUCGUCAAGUAGAUUUUAACACGGCACAGAUGUGGGCAAACAGAGAGAAAGUUCGACUAUGGGAGGCGUCAGUCAAGAGCAGACAAUCACUAAUAGAACCAUUUGUUUGGUUAACGUCCAGGAUUACCCAACCACAGAGCAAGUCCACAUUCUUACCAGGUCGCAAGGCCAAGGCUGGUGAACUUUGAACUCUGGUGCACUUUGAAGUCUUGUGAACUUUGUACUUUGAAGCAGUAUUAUAUUUGUUCACUGUACAUAAUUAUUGCAUGUAUUAGUACUAUUGUGUAUAGAUAAGAUAUUUAUCAUUCUUAUACAAAAACUACUUGAAAAGUUCAAAUGUAAAAAUGCUGAUGUAUUGUGCAAUAUCUCGUUGAUUUAUUCAAAGUUCUGAAUUACAUUUCUCAUUUGUGAGUUUAAAAGUGACAGUGACAAUUUAGUCAACAAAGAUAAUCUGCCAGAUACUGCGAAUAUCUCAUUCCUAAUGAGAGUUUGCAGAGUUAAUUAUGAGAUAACAUUGAUGUUCACUGUGAUGAAUUUACAAAAAUGUAUUUUUUGAAAAGGGAAGUUAUUUUACUUAAGACGGGAUAAAGCAACAGCUGAAACCGUGGCGAUAUAGCAAUGUAGAUUUUACUGAGGAUACGCAGUGUUUUACUCUGUUAUGUUGAUAAAUAACAUUCGGUAAUAAAGUCAUAUACAAUUAA